CAUAUUUGCAUUACUGUCAAUGGGACUUAAAAGGUGUAUCAGUUACCUGUUCUACAACACAGAGGGAGACAAGUUGCCGCAUACAGAAUAACUGGAAAAGUUUUUAUACAAUCUAUAUCCCUGCUGCUACAAGCAAUAUUAUCACCAAGCUUUCAAAAUGCUAAAAGCGAUAAGGAUAUUUGUCUUCCUACUAUUUAUUACAUCAUUUGGAUUCUUUUAUAGAGUCAUUGAUAAACAGAGCACCAUUCAUUUUAUAUCUUUAUUCUUUACCAAAAAUUCAACAUUCAGCAAUAUAGCUUCAAAACAAACUGUAACACAAAUGAAUAACCAUAUUAUAGAAAUGACUAGCACAACUCCUUUCUAUUCACAAAGUCCAAGUACUAUAUCAGUAAAUCAGGAGAACAUUGUAACCCAAGAGGUUUUAGUCUCUACCUAUAAAACAUCUAACAACAUGGAAAAAAAUACUUCUAAUUAUCUGAAUCCAGGGGAUAUUUUAAGCCAAGGCAAUGGUAUAAUAUUUCUAGAAUCAGGGAGUAGGGCACAGCCACCUCCCCUAGUAUUAUGUGCUAUAGAAUCAGCAGCUCGUGUAUAUAGUGAUAGGCCAAUAGUUUUCUUCAUAAAAGGUUUGUCAGAAAUAAAUACUAAUGAUGACGAGAACAGAACACGGAAGAGAUUUCCAACUAUUUCAUAUCUGCAGAAUGUCUACAUCUUCCCUUUGAAAAUGAAGGAAGUUUUUAAAGAUACGCCGCUCUUUCCAUGGUAUCAAAAGAUCGAUCCCACACGGGAACAACACUGGAUACACGUCAGUUCAGAUGGCUGUAGGUUGGCCCUAAUUUGGAAAUAUGGUGGAAUUUACAUGGAUACUGACAUCAUCUCAGUGCGACCCAUUCCAGAGAAGACAUUUCUGGCAGCUCAGUUCUCACAAGAUUCCAGCAACGGUGUUUUUGGAUUACCUCCCCGUCACAAUUUCACAUGGACUGCAAUGGAGGAUUUUGUAAAGAAUUACAAUGGAGCAAUAUGGGGACAUCAAGGCCCACAACUCUUCACACGUACUCUGAGGAAAUAUUGUGUCAUUCCUAAUUUUACAGCUGUUGAGGAUAUUAUAUGUGGAAACAUCACCUUUUUAAACCCGCAACGUUUCUAUCCUAUUCCAUAUCCAUCUUGGAGGUUGUACUACAAAGUCUGGGAAAAAAUUCCAACGUUUAAUGACUCUUAUGCUUUACAUCUCUGGAACUACAUGAACAAAGAUGUUAUGACUAUGGUUCCAGGCAGUAAUACAUUGGUGGAUAAUCUCUAUAAACAACACUGUCCCAUUACCUAUGGAGCCCUCCUAAGGAAUGAGACUAUAUACCUUUAGCUGUGUUUAUCAUAAAAGGAUUCAAACACCUUAUUAGUGUAUAAAAAGGAGUUAAGUUGCUGCAACAUUGCAAAUUGUUAAAUACUACUAUUGAUACUUUCUCAUAUCAUAGAACAUAGCAAAACUUUGGACCUAUAGCCAAAAAAACAGAACAAAGACUGAAUGACAGAUAUAUGGCUCAUUUCUCUUACCCAACAUUCAUACAUUAGAAAUCUUUAGUUUAAUUCAAUGACCUGACUGAACCUUAAUUGACCAUAACAGUGAAAAUCACUAAUCACUAAUUUAGUAGCCUGAAUAAACCUCAUCAAAGAGGUGCAUUGAAUCUACUUGGUGGUUCAGUGGUUUGGCCAUUCUCAUGGGGUACAUAGUAGUGCAAUUACAUGAUACUGUUGCUUACCACUUACAUGCAUGGAUACUUGGAUAGAUGUUCAUUUGCUUUUAGUCUGGAGCAUUGAAUUUGUACAUUCAUAUUAUGUUUUAAACACCCAUUCUGUA